GAAAGGAACACACAGUGACGAGCAGCUGUUCAUGUUUGGUAACUCAAGAAGUGUGUUAAUCAAAGUGAACAUGGAUGUGUUUGUAGUCCUUCUCAUGCUUUCAGGUUUCUGUGUCUCCACUGCUUCCUUUCCAAACAUCUAUUACUUUAUCAGUGAGAAUAAGACCUGGGAUGAGGCCAACGCUUACUGCAUCAUGGAGUACACUGGACUUGCCCAAAUUACUAACCCAGAGAACAACACUGCACUGAUGAACACCUCAGCUGGGGGAUACACAGGCAAAGCCUGGAUAGGACUCGUGGGCCCUUUAGGGUGGGUCUGGCUGGAUGGAACACAAGCCACAUAUUUCAUGUGGGACUACCAAGAACCACAGGCUUCUGACACUGGGUACUGUGGGCUCACAAAUUACCAUGGGUGGUAUAGUGAAAUAUGUGAAUACAAGUUUUAUUUCAUUUGUUUUAAUGGCAGUGAUUACAUUGUUAAUAAGACAUAUGUGACUUGGAAUGAUGCCAAAAUCAGCUGUGAAAACAAAAAUUCAACUCUGGCACAAAUCCUUGAUCUGCUAACAUUUGAUAAAGUCAGUCGUGCAUUUCGAAAUAAUAAUCUUAACGAAUAUGAACCACUGUGGAUUGGCCUUAGUUUUUCUCCAGUCUGGUUUUGGUCAGAAACCAAACAAAUCAGCACAUUCAUGAACUGGAAAACAGGACAACCUAACAAUAAGAAUAAUUGUGCUGCUGUACUGGUGGGAAAUGGAACCUGGACCACUGAACCAUGUAGUGAGCAACAUCCUUUCUUCUGCUAUGGAGUUCACAAAUCAAAGAAGACAGCGUAA